CUCACUCGCUCGCGCGCGCACCACUGUGUGCAUCACAGAGGACAUGGAGUUAAAAUCCAACGUCAGUCAAACUGCGCUCUGAUUCCCCGCGCCGGCCGAAGAGCAGAGACAUCUGCUCCAGCUCAAACUUGAAGUGUGUUGUGGAGCUUGAAAGCAUGGAGAAAGGGCGCAGCACCCCGAAACUCUACGGGUCCCUGGAUCAAACAGAGCUCUGCGCGGACACGGGCAAACGAGCUGAAGAGGAUGUGGUGUCCAUGGCUGACUCCACCAUCACUGUGGAGGACAUCGAGGGAGAGCUGUUCAAAAUCGAGAGGAUAAAGGACGCGUUGGUCCGGAAAGAGUCUGAGCUCAGAUAUAUGAUGGACGACAUCCAGUUGUGUAAGGAGAUCACAAGGCUCAAAAAAGAGCUCCAGAAAUUAGUUUCCAUCCCGGACAAAGACAAGUCGAAUGAGGACAGACAGCGUGAGGAAGAACUUCUUCAGCAGAUCCAGAAGCUGGUGGAGACGCGGGACUUUCUAGUGGACGACAUGGAGUUUGAGAGGCUCAGAGAGCGAGAGGAGGACAAAGAGAUGGCUGACUUCCUACAGACCAAGAUUCCCAACAGAUGCAGCAUGAAAACUCACAACAAGGACAAGAGAAUGACGUCCAGAGCCCAGCAGACCUCGUCUCCUUACGUGACCAAGACCGGUGUAACCCUGCUGAAAGAGUGCUGCAGCUUCACCUGCUCCAUCAUGUAGAUGCCUGAAUGUAAAACAGCCCUCAGAUCCGUGACUCAGCACAAUAUUUCCAAGCACUCUUUCACAUUACAUUUCAGAACAGACGGCAAUGCAUGAGAGCCAAACUGAUGUUUAUAUUAUGCAGAAUUAUUGCAUUAACCUAAUCAAGGAGCCUUCCAGAAUUAGCAGUGUGAUUAGAUGGUAUGCACAGUGUAGCUUAAAUUCACUGUUAUCACUCACAUGUAAUAUUGUUUUAUACUGUGGAAGUCAAUGUGAAC